CCCCUAGUACUCAUUCGAUAUAAUUUGCGAUAUCUUCUGACGAAGUUCGUUAACCAUCGAAAAUGGCGGAGAUUGAUCCAGAAACGCUAUUAGAAUGGCUUUCAAUGGGACAAGGGGAAGAAAGAGAAAUGCAAAUGAUCGCUUUAGAACAAUUGUGUAUGCUUUUAUUGAUGUCGGAUAAUGUUGACAAAUGCUUUGAAAGCUGUCCCCCUCGAACUUUCCUUCCAGCUUUAUGUCGCAUUUUCUUAGAUGAACAAGCUCCUGAUAAUGUUUUAGAAGUAACAGCACGAGCUGUUACUUAUUAUUUAGAUAUUUCGGCUGAAUGCACUAGAAGGAUUGUUGCUGUUGAUGGGACCAUUAAAGCAAUGUGCAAUCAUUUAGUUGUAACUGAUGUAUCUUCAAGAGCUAGUAAAGAUUUAGCAGAACAGUGUGUUAAGGUUUUAGAAUUAAUAUGCACAAGAGAAGCUGGAGCUGUAUUUGAAGCUGGUGGCUUAAAUUAUGUUUUAUCGUUUAUUCGAGAUAAUGGAUGCCUUGUUCACAAAGAUACUCUACAUUCUGCUAUGGCUGUUGUUUCAAGAUUAUGUGGUAAAAUGGAACCUCAAGAUUCUUCAUUGCCUUCAUGUGUUGAAGCAUUAUCUCUGUUAUUGAAACAUGAAGAUAGUCAUGUAGCAGAUGGUGCUUUACGAUGUUUUGCAUCAUUAGCUGAUCGUUUUACUAGACGUGGUAUUGAUCCAGCUCCUCUUGCAGAACAUGGUUUAACAAAUCAGUUAUUAUCACGUUUGUCUAGUGUAGCAUCAACUAAUCUUAAUAUAUCAGUAACAAGUACUCCAGUUCCUGGAACAACAGCCACUCCAGAAAUUAAUACAUCACCUAGUAUUUCUACAACAAUUAGCUUAUUGUCAACAUUAUGUCGAGGCUCUCCAAGUAUAACUCAUGAUUUAUUAAGAUCAAAAUUACCUGAAGCUAUUGAAGCCACUCUCCAAGGAGAUGAAAGAUGUGUUCUAGAUUCUAUGAGAUUAGUUGAUCUUCUCUUAGUUCUGCUUUUUGAAGGAAGAAAAGCAUUACCAAAAUCUGGUGUUACUUCAGUUCCAACAACACGUUUGCCUUCUUUAAGAAGAGUGGAUAGUGCAGGAGAACGAACACAUAGGCAGCUAAUUGACUGUAUUAGGAGCAAAGAUACAGAUGCUUUGAUAGAUGCUAUAGAUUCUGGAGGUAUAGAAGUUAAUUUUAUGGAUGAUGUUGGACAGACUCUACUUAAUUGGGCAUCUGCAUUUGGGACACAAGAGAUGGUUGAAUUUCUAUGUGAUAGAGGUGCUGAUGUAAAUAAAGGACAACGAUCAUCUUCACUUCAUUAUGCUGCUUGCUUUGGUCGACCUGGAGUUGCCAAGGUAUUAUUAAGGCAUGGAGCCAAUCCUGAUUUAAGAGAUGAAGAUGGAAAAACACCUUUGGAUAAAGCUAGAGAAAGAAAUGAUGAAGGCCACAGAGAAGUAGCAGCUAUUUUACAAUCACCAGGAGAAUGGAUGUGUCCAGUUGGAGAAAGUUCACGUGCUGGAGAGAAAAAAGCUCCAGAAAUAGAAGAAGAUGCAGAACCCAAAGGAGAUCCAGAAAUGGCACCACUUUAUUUAAAACGUCUCUUGCCUGUUUUUUGCUUGACAUUUCAACAUACUAUGAUUUGUUCAGUCAGGAAAUCUAGUCUGAAUUUAAUAUGCAAGAUGACUCAUUAUAUACAACCUCCUUUAUUACAAGAAUUGUGUAAUCCUAACACUGGUGUUCCUAAUUUUGCUUCACAGUUAGUAGAAGUUAUAUCUAGUGUUUUGGAUAGUGAGGAAUACGAUGAUGGCUAUUUGGUUGCUCUUCAUAUAAUUCAAGAUGUUAUGACAAAGGGUUCUGAUAUAUUUCUAGAACAUUUUGCAAGAUUAGGAGUUUUUAGUAAAGUUUUAGCAUUAGCUGGUCCUCCAGAAACUGAAGAUGAAAAAUUAAAAUAUAAAGAUGAAUCUAAAGAGGAGGAAAUUCCAAUGGAAGAUGCAAAAGAGAUAUUAUCUGGACGUCCAUAUCACUGGCGAGAUUGGAGCAUUGUUCGAGGGCGUGAUUGCUUGUAUUUAUGGAGUGAUGCAGCUGCUUUAGAAUUAUCUAAUGGCAGCAAUGGUUGGUUUCGUUUUAUUUUAGAUGGUAAACUUGCAACUAUGUAUUCAAGUGGGAGUCCUGAAGGUGGAUCAGACAGUACUGAAAAUCGUGGAGAAUUUUUAGAAAAACUUCAGCGAGCAAGAAGUCAAGUAAAACCCACUACACUUAGUCAACCAAUAUUAUCAUGUCCUGGAACAACACGUUUAGUAGUUGGAAAUUGGUCACUUUCUUGCCGGCGAGAAGGCGAAAUAUGUAUUCAUAACUCAGAUGGACAGCAGGAACAAGAAAAGAUAAAGAAUGAAGUAAAAAUUCAGGCAAGAAAAAUAUAUGAUAACAACUUUAAAUCGGCUCAAGCACAACCUCGAGGAAUUGUGGCUAAAUUAUGUACAAUAGUAGCACAAAUUGAAUGGGCUUGUCACAAACAGUCUUCUAAUUUUCAACAUCCUAAUGAAUGGCAGAAAUGGCAAAAAAUGCUAGAAGGUGCUUUGGAAGAACUUGCUUCUCUUUUACAAGAUGAAAGAGCUGUUUCUGCUUAUGAAUUACAUAGUAGUGGAUUAGUUCAAGCAUUAUUGAAAUUAUUAGGAAAGCAUAGUUAUGAUGAAGGUACAAGUCUUGUUUGUCAUUCCAAUAAGUUAUUGAAGAAAAGAGUGAGAAUAUUUAGAAAAUGUUUUUCCAAAAAAUCUACAUUAGAUGGUGUUGUUCCUUCAAUUGCUCUUGUAAAAAAGUUAAUUUCAGUUUUGGAAUCAAUAGAGAAAUUACCAGUAUAUCUUUAUGAUACUCCAGGUUCCAGUUCUGGGUUACAAAUUUUGACAAGAAGAUUAAGAUUUCGUCUUGAAAGGGCUUCAGGUGAACAGACUUUAAUUGACAGAACAGGAAGAAGUCUAAAAAUGGAACUUCUAACAACUGUUGGCCAAUUAGAGAAAUAUUUAGCAAAGAUGGUUGCAAAGCAAUGGUAUGACUGUGAUAGAUCAACAUUUGCAUUUGUAAAAAAACUUAAAGAAACUGAUGUUCAUCUUACUUUUACUCAUCAACAUGAUUUUGAUGAAAAUGGAAUUAUGUAUUGGAUUGGAACAAAUGGAAGGACUGUUUCUGAAUGGGUUAACCCUGCACAAGUUGGACUAGUAGUUGUCAUGUCAUCAGAAGGAAAAAAUCUACCUUACGGUAGAUUAGAAGAUAUAUUAAACAGAGAUUCUUUGGCACUGAAUUGUCACACAAAUGACGAUAAAAGAGCCUGGUUUGCUAUUGAUUUGGGAUUAUGGCUGAUACCAAGUUGUUAUACUUUACGUCAUGCUAGAGGAUAUGGAAGAUCAGCUCUUAGGAAUUGGUUAUUUCAAGUUUCAAAGGAUGGUGUAAAUUGGACAACACUUUAUACACAUACUGAUGAUUGUUCUUUGAAUGAACCUGGAUCUACAGCAUCAUGGCCUUUAGAAACACCUUCAGAAGAAACCCAAGGUUGGAGACAUAUACGUUUACAACAAACAGGGAAAAAUGCAAGUGGACAGACACACUAUAUGUCUCUCUCAGGUUUUGAAAUUUAUGGCACAAUUACUGGUGUUUGUGAUGAUAUAGGUAAGACGGCAAAAGAGGCAGAAGCGAAUUUGAGGCGACAAAGAAGAAUAAUUAAACAACAAAUAAGACACAUGAUUGUGGGGGCCAGAGUUAUCCGAGGACCAGAUUGGAAAUGGCGGGAUCAAGAUGGUAACCCUGCAGGUGAAGGAACAAUUACUGGAGAAUUACACAAUGGCUGGAUAGAUGUAACAUGGGAUCAUGGUGGCUCAAAUUCAUAUCGUAUGGGAGCAGAAGGAAAAUAUGAUUUGAAACUGGCUACUGGAUAUGAUCCUGAAACUCAUAUAGUAUCAAGUAACAUUAAUACUUCCACUACACAAAUGCAGAAUUCAAAUACUUCUAUACUUGGCACUCCAACAACUGUAGGAUCAAUAGGUAGUUCUAUUAAAGCUGCUAAAACUGUAACAACUGAUAGUGCUUCUGCAAAAGGAAGUGUAUCUAGCAGUGUUUUAACAAGUCGUAAAAGUAGUUCUACCUCAAGCUUACUAGAAGCUACCUCAGAAAAUAGCAAAACCUUUGUAUCAAGUAUGGGUCAAGCUACAUCAACUGAAUUUUUGACAAUUAGAGUAAGUAUAUAUAAAUAUAUAAUUAUUAUAAUUAAUGAAAAGGAGGAAGAUAGAGGUGAACUUCGAAAUGGAAAACGUAGAAGUUGGGAUGAUGAUUUUACAUUAAAACGACAAUUUUCUGCUCUUAUACCUACCUUUGAUCCUCGUCCAGGACGAACAAAUGUUAAUCAAACAACAGAUUUAGAAAUACCUCCUCCAGGUUCAGAUGAAUCUAAAUCUGAAGAAAUAAGAGAAUUAACAUUGCAACCACAGUUGAUUUUAACACUAAAAGGACCUAACUUACCUGGGGUACCUGAUUUAGAAUUGGAACUAUCAAAUCCUGAUUGGACAAUAUUUAGAGCAGUACAGCAUCUGGUUCAAGCUUCUGAAAUUGGUACAAGGCAAGAUAAAAUACGGAGAUUGUGGGAACCAACUUACAUUAUCUCAUACAGAGAAGCUAAAGAUGAUGAAAAGAAAGCUAAGAAAGAUAUGGCUGAUUCAGUUCCUAUUGUUAAAUCUUCAUUACCUAAAGAUUCUACAUUAAAAGAUCAAGAUUUCACUGUAAAUAGUCCAAAUAAUACAGCAACUUGUACUCUUCCUUCAAUAUCUUUAGAUUCAACUAGUUGCACAGUUGAAGAAGUCUUACAAGUACUACGGUUACUUUAUGUGCUUUCAAAAGAAAAUCCAAAUUGUAUAUAUGACAAUGAUUUGGAAGAUUCAGUUUUCAAUGUUCCUGCUGAUGAUUUCAUAAGUAGAAAAAUUACAAAUAAAUUGGUUCAACAAAUUCAAGAUCCCCUAGUAUUAGCAUCUGGAGCACAACCUGAAUGGUGUGAACAUCUCACCUAUUCCUGUCCAAUGUUGUUUCCAUUUGAGACUAGACAACUGUAUUUUACUUGUACAGCAUUUGGAGCAUCAAGAUCAAUUGUUUGGUUGCAAAAUCAACGUGAUGCUGCGUUGGAAAGAAAUAGGGGACCUUCUCCUAGACGUGAUGAUCCACAUGAAUUUCGUGUGGGACGACUUAAACAUGAAAGAGUUAAAGUUCCAAGAGGAGAUCAGUUAUUAGAUUGGGCUAUGCAAGUAAUGAAAGUACAUGCAGAAAGAAAGAGUAUUUUAGAAGUUGAAUUCAUUGAUGAGGAAGGAACUGGUUUGGGACCAACAUUAGAAUUUUAUGCUCUAGUGGCAGCUGAUCUUCAAAGAAGAGAUCUUGGUUUAUGGCUUUGUGAUGAUGAAAUUCAUCAUACUAAUGUUGAAACAGGAGAAGGCUUGAAACCACCUGGUUAUUAUAUUUUUUCACCUUUUGGUUUAUUUCCUGCACAAUUACCACAAGAUAGUGAUGAUUUAGAGAGGGUGGAACAAUAUUUUCAUUUUCUGGGCAUCUUUCUUGCAAAAGCAUUACAAGAUAACCGUCUUGUUGAUCUUCCUUUAUCUCGUCCUUUUCUAAAAUUGAUGUGUCAUGGUGAAGUAUCCAGUAAAAUUAGGGACAAGGAGUCACUUACCAAUCAUUCACUUACAAAUAUGGCUUACUCAUUAACAGAAGAUGAUUUAUAUGCUGUUCUCAGUGAAGAGCAAACAAAACGUACUAGAAAAUGGAAAAAAACUUUACCUCAAGUUGCUCCUUCGUGGUUUCAUGGAAUAUUAGAUUUUGAAGAUUUUCUAGAGAUUAACGCACAUCAGGCAACAUUUCUGAAGCAACUUCAAGAUUUAGUAGGACAAAAACAUCGCAUAGUAGCAGAUAAAUCAUUAAGCAAAGAAGAUAGAGCCAAUCAGUUACGAAAUUUAACAAUCCAGUUUCCUGAUGAAAAUGGUCAAUUGGGAAUUCCUGUCAGAGUUGAGGAUUUAGGGUUAACAUUCCAGUUUUGUCCACCAUCAAAAGUGUAUGGUUUUGUUGCUGUAAAUCUGAAACCAGAUGGAGAGAACGAAGAAGUUACUUUAGAUAAUGUUGAAGAAUAUGUGGAACUUAUGAAUGAUUAUUGUUUACAUACUGGAAUUCGUAGACAAAUGGAAGCAUUUAGAGAUGGAUUUAAUAGAGUGUUUCCAAUGGGAAAACUUGGAGCAUUUAGUCCAGAAGAAGUAAGAUUGAUGUUGUGUGGAGAUCAGAGUCCAUCUUGGACUCGAGAGGACAUUCUCGCCUAUACGGAACCGAAAUUAGGUUACACCAAAGACAGCCCUGGAUUUCAGUGCUUUAUUAGUGUUCUUGUUAACAUGACUGGAGAAGAAAGAAAAGCUUUUCUACAAUUUGCAACAGGUUGCUCCUCGCUUCCUCCUGGAGGCUUGGGAAACCUGCAUCCGCGACUGACUGUCGUAAGGAAAGUAGAUGCAACGGAUAAAAGCUACCCUUCCGUUAAUACCUGUGCCCACUAUUUAAAGUUACCGGACUAUUCCUCGGAAGACAUCAUGAGGAAACGACUUUUAGAUGCUACAAGAGAGAAAGGUUUUCAUCUGAACUGAUGACACUUUCCCAUUAGUGCAACUUAGGAAUGAUAUAUUUAAUGGGUGGCAAGUUUCACCUCCCUCCUUCCCAAUUUAUUUAAUUUGUAAACAGUUGUGCAUGAAUAAUGACUAUUAAGAAUUUGGUGUUACAUUUUACAAAUAUAUCUGUAAUGUAUCAAAAGAAUCUAUCAAAGACUGGUGCUGGACACCGGACACACGAACUGCAAUUCCAAACUUGAUGUGAGAAAUGGUAUCGCAUUUCUUUCCUAGUCCGAUUGAGCUCUAGUUGGAGAAAAUGAGUAGGGCUUGAGUGUGUGUAUAUUUUUUUCCCCCAUUAAUGGAUUUAAUUCAUGUUUUAUUACCAGCCAACUUGGUUUUGCUGAUGUAAAAAGCAUACAGAUUAUAUUAAAAAUAUGAAUUUACUAAAUUAAAUUAUACAUAAAAUCUACAUUGACUUUUGUCAGUCAUUCAAUAU